CCACUUAGCUGUAGCGUGAUUGGUCAGUCGGCAACUUCAAAAAUUUUGGAGCCCACACUCAACGUUAUAUUAUUUUAACAUUAAUAUUCUGGUUAACUACUCCAAAAUAGCCGAAAAUUAUCACUUGGAGAGGUGAAAGUAGCCUGUAAGAAUAUUUGGAAGAGAAAAAAUGUCAGGAAUAAUAGACGACUACACUAAAAUCGAGAAAAUUGGAGAGGGCACCUAUGGGGUUGUCUACAAAGCGAAACAUAAACAUACAAACGAAAUUGUUGCAUUGAAAAAAAUUAGGCUGGAAAAUGAGGACGAAGGUGUUCCUAGUACCGCUAUUCGUGAAAUUUCCUUACUUAAGGAACUGCAACAUCCCAACAUUGUUUGGUAAAUACUUUUUAACUUCUAAAAAAAAAUUCUAUUACGAUAUCUUUACGUUUGAGAUAAUUUACGACCUCGAUUGGUUGUUUACAUUUAAUUUCUUGUAGCUUACAAGAUGUUUUGAUGGAGGAAAAUAAAAUCUACUUGGUCUUUGAAUAUUUGACUAUGGAUCUGAAGAAAUACAUGGAUGCUCUUCCGAAAGGCGAACUCCUUCCCCCCGAUCUUGUUCAGAGCUAUCUUUACCAAAUUCUUGAUGGUGUUCUCUUCUGUCACGAACGACGAGUUCUUCAUCGCGACUUAAAACCUCAAAAUCUUUUAAUCGAUAAAAAUGGAGCAAUUAAACUGGCAGAUUUUGGUCUAGCAAGAGCAUUCGGCGUUCCUGUAAGAGUAUAUACACACGAAGUAGUAACCCUUUGGUAUCGAGCUCCAGAAGUCUUACUUGGGUCUGCCAGAUAUUCAACUCCUGUUGAUAUGUGGUCAAUUGGUUGCAUCUUUGCGGAAAUGUCAAAUAGGAAACCGUUGUUUCAGGGAGAUUCAGAAAUUGACCAGAUUUUAAGAAUUUUUAGAACACUUACGACACCCACAAAUGAUUCCUGGCCGGGAGUUGAAGAACUUCCUGACUACAAAUCUAUAUUUCCAAAGUGGCAUACAGACGUCCUUGCGGAUAGAUGUCCUCAUUUGAAUGAACAAGGUUUGGACUUGUUGCAUAAGAUGCUUGUUUACAAUCCCGGAGACAGAAUCAACUGUCGGGACGCCCUUAAUCACUCUUACUUCAACACACUGAAUAAAAGCAGCAUGCCUUCUAAUUGCAGUAAAGAUAUGUCAUUUACCGAUUAAACCUUUUUUGAUACAUUUUAAUCCUUCUAACGAACAACUCUUUGUACCAAUUUACAUUAUUAAUAAAGUAUUGUUCAGAUUUUUAUUUUUUUGAAAAAAACCACUUGAACCUUGUAAUUUGAUU